CUCACCAAUUUCAAUAUAUAUUUUAUUUUAUUUAUUUAUUGAUAUUCUCUUCGCAUCACCACCACCUUCUCUCUCUCUCUCUCUCUCUCUCUCUCUCUCUCUCUCUCUCUCUGUCUCACCACCCUCUUCUCCAAAACCUCUUUUCCGCCGUUAGUUAGGGUUUUUCCGGAUCUCGAUCCGUCUCAAUGGACCUUCGCAAGCGUGGAAGGCCCGAACUCUCCUUCAGCCUCAACGGCGCCGUUAAGAAGACCAAGCAAGACUUGGAGUCCUUAUCAGGUGGUGUAGGAAGCAAAUCGAAGCCCUGUACCAAGUUUUUUAGCACUGCUGGCUGCCCAUUUGGUGAGGGCUGCCAUUUCUUGCAUUAUGUUCCUGGUGGUUAUAAUGUGGUUGCCCAUAUGAUGAAUUUGAAACCUGCUGCUCCUCCUUCAAGAGCUGUUGCUGCACCACUUCCGGUAUCUAAUGGCUCUACUCCAUCUGCUGUUAAAACACGCAUAUGUAACAAGUUCAAUACUGCCGAAGGAUGCAAAUUUGGUGACAAGUGCCAUUUUGCUCACGGUGAAUGGGAACUUGGUAAACCUAUUGCUCCCUCAAUUGAUGAUCAUCGUCCUUUGGGACCUCCAUCAGCUGGUCGAAUGGCUGGUCGAAUUGAGCCUCCUCCCUUGGCUGGGAGCUUUGGUGCCAUUUCUACUGCCAAGAUCAGUGUAGAAGCUUCUCUGGCAGGAGCUAUCAUUGGGAAGGGUGGUGUGAACUCAAAGCAGAUCUGUCGCCAAACAGGAGCGAAACUUUCAAUCCGAGAGCAUGAAACUGAUCCAAACCUUAGAAACAUUGAACUUGAGGGAACAUUCGAACAGAUAAAGGAGGCAAGUAAUAUGGUAAAAGAUUUACUUUUGACUGUUUCAAUGUCAGCCCCUCCCAAAUCCACCCCUGGUGUUCCUGGUGCCCCUGCUCCACCUGGAAGCAACUUCAAGACCAAGCUGUGUGAGAAUUUUGCAAAAGGGUCUUGCACCUUUGGAGAUCGAUGCCACUUUGCUCAUGGAGCUGCUGAGUUGCGCAAGCAGGGGGUAUGAUUUUGUUUUUCGAUCUUGUAUUAGCCAGUUCUAUUAUUAUCAUUAUUGCAGUUGAUGUUGUUGUGCAUUGUUACUUAGUGGUACUCACAUUAAUUUUCCUGUUAUAGUUUUCCCGUACUAAGUUAAUUUUUAAAUCAUCUUUUAUGCGGUUGCAAAAA